CCACUCUCACCUUUAUUCUCCCUCUCGCUAACAGAGCCAGAAAGAUUGAAAGAUUCCUUUACGGUUAACAACAGUGCGUGUAAAGCGUCAGCUGAUCCAACAUGUCCAAAAUUCUGGGAAAGUAUCAGCAUGAACGAAGCGAGAAUCUUGACGAGUAUUUUAAAACUCUUGAGCUGCCUUACCUGGUCAGAAAGAUGAUCAACAUAUCCAACCCGAAGAUCGAGGUGACCAAAGAUGGGGACAAGUGGAUAGUAACGACUGUGACUAUGAUGCGCACGCAAGUCUGGGAAUUCACGCUUGGAACUGAGUGGGAAGAGGUGAUGCCAUCUGGCGUUAAACUCAAGAAUACUACUACCAUUGAGGACGACAGCUUGAUUAUUGUCUCUAUUACGGAAGACGGCAAUAAAACGAUAAGGCGGUAUGAUUUUACUGAUGAUGGGAUGACUUUAACACUAUCACACGAACGGACGGAUGUUGUUGCUAAGAGACACUUCAAGAGGAUUAAGUGAUAAGUGAUAACAAUUGUAAACAAAUGAUUAAUAAAUGAUAAAAAAUAAAGACGAA